AUGCUUCACAUCACAAGUUCUAGUGUCGUAGUGACUAUUUGUAGUAGGCUAAAACAAGCGUUAUUACAGAUACAGUCCUAUAUCAUAGAACACGCCACAAGUACCCGCAUCUCUCUCCUAGUUCUCGUGAAAAAGACAGAAGGAUCUGGAACAAAACACCCCUGCAACUUCUUACCCUGUGGUUCAAAAGCUGUGAGUGCUACAGAACGUCAAACAUUCCUCCACUUGAGUGAAAGGCUGCAAAUCACAAGUUCUAGUGACUAUUUGAUACAGUCCUAUAUCAUAGAACACGCCACAAGUACCCGCAUCUCUCUCCUAGUUCUCGUGAAAAAGACAGAAGGAUCUGGAACAAAACACCCCUGCAACUUCUUACCCUGUGGUUCAAAAGCUGUGAGUGCUACAGAACGUCAAACAUUCCUCCACUUGAGUGAAAGGCUGCAAAUCACAAGUUCUAGUGACUAUUUGAUACAGUCCUAUAUCAUAGAACACGCCACAAGUACCCGCAUCUCUCUCCUAGUUCUCGUGAAAAAGACAGAAGGAUCUGGAACAAAACACCCCUGCAGCUUCUUACCCUGUGGUUCAAAAGCUGUGAGUGCUACAGAACGUCAAACAUUCCUCCACUUGUGUGAAAGGCUGCAAAUCACAAGUUCUAGUGACUAUUUGAUACAGUCCUACGUACGACAAAAGUGCAUCGCUCCUAGUUCUCGUGACAACGUCAGAAGGACCAGGCAAAAACAACCCAGGCAGCCAUCUCCAUUCCUAGUUUCUCUCUUGGACCAGCGGCUGUGUACUGCAGAACACAACCAAGCAAAACCCACAGUAUCUUCAAAGGAAACAAAGGACAGAUAAAGGGUCUAUGUCCGAAGGAUAUCAACAGGCUCCGUGUUUUCUAUUUAAGUACGUGUUUCUUUUGCUGACAGGCUUUCUUUGGUUACCUACUGCCAUGAACGGAUCGUGGUUGUUGCAUACUCUGCAUACACGACACGUUAAACAGUUUAAUACACACAUGACCACUUACCAACUCAUCCAAAAUGUUAAAGUAGGAGAGGGGUUACACGAUGUAUACGGUUCUUUGCAAAACACCUUGAACGAUGUUUUACACCAGGCUAAAAAGCAGGCUAAUUAUAAACCUGGUGACAAAAUACGUAUAGUAGCCUUUAAUGACAACUUCAACAAUCCUGUAUCCACAGCUAUGUCCAGUACAGCCAAUACGUCAGAUUUACUAGCAACAAUAGAAGAUAUCAUUACUUCUGAUCAAUCUGUUGGAUUACAUAGCACCACUUUUGAUAUACAAAUUAUGAAAACUACUUAAUAUCAGCUGU